UCAAUUCCUUUACAUACUAUAACCCAUUUGCCUAUAAUUCUGAAAUCUGAGCUUUUGCAUUUAGAAAUGGAUGUGAAUCUAUCAUUAGGGAUUGAUUCAGGGACUGGUAGACGUGCUGGUCGUUCUGGAAGCUUAAUCAGAAGAACAUCAAGUCAGCUUUUUGUGGAACCUGAGUUUGAGCCCAAAAUUGAAUGGGUUGACACACCUGAAGCCCAUGUCCUUGUGGCUGAUCUUCCAGGUUUUAAAAAAGAAGAUGUAAAAGUACAACUUGAUGUAUGGGGAUUUUUCAUAAUCAGUGGAGAACGUUGUAUUGAGGAAUAUGUAUUUGCAAGAGGGGUGUGUUACUUUAAGCAAAGGAUAGGUUUUAGAUUCAAAAAGGUUUUUACUAUUCCCGAGAAUGCUAAUACUACAGACAUUAUUGCUAGAUUUGAAAAUGAAAUGUUUUACAUUACAAUCAAAAAGUUGAGACCACCCCAAGAAAUCAGGUCUAAUAAUAUCUUAGACCAAGAGAGGGAGAGUAUCCCACAAGUUGAUAAAAGUGGUGCAAAUUAUAUAGAACAAUCCAAAGAGAUAAAGGAUGACAAGGCAUCAAGCAAUAAAUCAAAUCAAUUUCUAAAUGACGAGAAGGUUGAAACUCUAGAAGUUGUAAAGUCCAGUGAAACUCAAGAUGGCAAAGCAUCAAGCAAUAAAAUAGAUCAAAAUCCAAGAGACGAGAGGGUUAAAAAUAUGGAAGCUAUAAAUUUUAUUGUAACUCAAGAUGACAAAGCAUCAAGCAAUAAACAUGAUCAAAGUAUAAGAGAUGAGAAGGUUGAAACUAAAGGACUUGCAUUAUCUAGCACAACCCAAGAUAAAAAAUCAUUAAGUAAUAAAAUGGAUCAAAGUCCAAGAGAUAAGAAGAUUGAAACUCCAAAAGUUGCAAAGUCUAGUGUAGCUCAAGAUGACCAAGCAUCAAGCAAUAAACCAAAUCAGAGUCCAAAAGAUGAGAAGGUUGAGAUUUCAAAAGUUAUAGAGUCUAGUGCAACUCAACUAGAUGAUGAGAGGCUUGAAACUCCAAAAGUUAUAAAAUCUAGCACAACUCAAGAUGAAGUACAAAAGGAGACACAAUUAGAAGCUCCAAAUAAUCUACAAGAUUUGGACAAACACCCAUCAUUAUUGAAUAAAGAGAAGUUAGUUUAUUCUAAUAGCCUCUCUAAGCCAUUUGAAUUAUUGGAUUCUAGUCCAAAAGAAGAUGAUAUGAAGGUUGGGGAUCAAAAUGAGCAUAAAUUGGUUGAAAAUGUGAGAAUGAAGAGAAACCCUCCUCAUGAAGAUCACGUACAAGAAACAAAAGUAUCAAGUGUAAAGGCCAAGAAAGAAGAUAAUAGUUCCAAUUUCUCACACAUGAACACAGAUAAAGGUGGAGAAGAGAAGCAAUCUAUUUUGAAAGCUUGUCCUUAUGUUUCUCAAUUCAUUUCAUCUAGGAGUGAGUUGAUGUUUAUAGCUUCCAUAAUUGUUUUCUCUCUUGCUUUGUAUAUCAUCUGUAGAAUGACACAUUCAGAGGAUUAGAAAGUAAGUUAAGAUGUAAGAACCUUAGAACUCAUGUCCCUUAACCUUGACUAGGUCAACUAGUUUCAUUGAUAGUAUGAAUUUUCUCGGCUCAUAUUUUUUUAUGCUCAAUGUAAUAAAAAUAUGUGUUCCAC